AUGGCUGCGGCUCCUCGUCGUAGAAAGCUCAUCGGUCAACGCCGCCGCGUCGAGGACGAGGGCGACGACGAGGGUGGCCCGGACGCUCUCGACCUCGAUGACGAUAGCAUCACCGACGGCUCCCUGACCGACGACAAUGAUCCGGCCGAUGACAGCGAUACUAGCAACAUCGACGAGGCCUCCCCGACGGCUCCAAAUGCGAGGAAGAAGGCCAAUGGCGCUCCUGCUGCUCCAAGACACGCCGGACAUGCCUCCAAGUUGGGCACCGACUCUGGCCAUGACGGCAAGCCUGUGACGGAUACCGACAUGAUGCUUCACGGUCUUUCCAUCACGGAUCAGCCUCCGCCUGACCAGGUGAUGCAUUUCGACGAGGUGACGGCCCCGUCGCCCCCCAGAUCGCCUGCGGCUCCCAUUGUCGUGAGCUCGGCGUCUGCUAGGCCACAGGCAGCCACCGCGAAUCGACGUCGCCAGGAGCACGAAGACUACAAGCGCAGGAGAGACGAGGAUCCUGCCUUUGUGCCCAACCGCGGCGCCUUUUUCAUGCACGACCACAGGCAUGCCGGGCCUGCGGCGAAUGGCUUCCGCCCUUUCGGACGAGGUCGAGGUAGGGGCGGACGUGGUGGUAUCGGGGGUCCGUAUGCACCCAUCAAUCAAUUGCACCACCCGGGAGACCCAACGACCAACUCUCCGUGGACCCAUGAUAUGCACGAGACUGUUGUAGAGCCGCCGCCUCCAGCACGGCCUCGACAUAUGAUUGAUGAUGAGGGUCCAGCCAACGGGAAUGGUUUCAUUCCCACCUGUGAACCCAACCCGACUCCCAUCAACCGGACCCUCUCCACCGAGAAGCACAUUGGCAACACGCAGGUCCGGGUCUUCCUUCCGUCCAUGAAGGCCCCAGCCGUCAUCCCACGUCUUGCCGUCAAGCAGUACACCAAGCUACCCGAUCACCGACCUCCUCUGCGUCGGGACAAGCCCGUCCGCAUCUCGCUCCCCGAAAACCCUCCUCGAUAUAUUUAUCCCGCCGCUGACAGAUCCUUCAUCUUUAUUCCGCGGGCAAUGAGGCCGAACCAGCAACGUAUGCGAGGAAAGCCCCGUUCUGGCUUCGGUUCCAUGGGUGGAUUCUCGAGACGGACCAGCAUGUUUGGUGGUAGCUACUACGGUGGCAGUGUGUACACGCCCAGCGUGGCCCUCAGCAGGCGAUCGUCCAUCGUUGAUCGAGACUACAUGUUCUCUCCUACCGGCUCCGUCAUCUCUCGGCCGCCCAUCCCUGUUGAGAACGCUCGACCGGUUGUUCGACUUCCUCCUGCUCCUCGUCCAGACGUGCCCCCCAUGAACACGAUGGCUCCUCCUCCAAUGGCAGCUCCUAUGCCCGUCUCCAUCCCCGGACCGGCCGAUCCAGCUUUUGCCGUUGAGCGACCUAUCAUGUCUGAGACAUCGAUUAAUGAUCUGCCCCCGCCGCAGACAUACCCGCUUCCCCAGAAGCCUGCCUUCCAGGAGAACCGGCCAACAUCAGCGCUGCCUAUGCAUCAGCCUCGUCCGCAGAAGAGCAUUUCAGUUGCCGAUAUUGAAUCGCCUACGUUAACGCAGGGUCCUCAGGCCUUCCAGCAGGCCUUCCAUCAGCAGGUGCCGAUCCAGAUGGCUAACGGCCUCUCUCAAGAAUCCCACAACCGUCAGCCUUCGUACCCGUCUCAGCUUUCAACCGGCACCCCCCUGUCCCAGAUUCCUGAGAGGGCUAUCCAUGCUGCACCAUUCCAGCCCAACACGUACGGCCAGCAACCGUACUACAACCAGCAGCCUUACCAAGCCCAGCCGCCCCAAGCCCAGCCUCAGCCCCAGCAAGGCUAUUACUACCCGCCCAACUACAACAAUCCUAACAUGGCGCCUUCAGGUGGCCCACCUCCAUUUGUCCCUGGUCAGCCAGGUCCUCCUGGCAGCUUCACACCUCAGAACCAACCUGAGCAACUAGCUAUGCCCGGCAGCGGCCAACCCCCUCCAGCGAAUCUUGUGGCGCAGGAGGUCAACGGCAUGGUCUAUUAUUAUGACGCCUCUCAGCUCCCGCCAGUCAACAACUAUCCUACCUACUCGGCCCCUCAGGGAUACCAGCCUAGUGUGAUAGGCAUGAACGGCAUGGUGACGCCCAGCCCAGACGCGUUCUACUAUCCCCAGCAGGCCCCCGGCAUGGUCUACUACCCGCAGUAG